AUGGACAGCAAUACACCGCCACCACUGAGCUUCGACCUCAGCGAGCUCAACCAGUACAUGGUACCAGUGUCGGCGCCGCCAACGAUGGCGCCCAUACGCUCGCGACGCGACGCCAUCUCUCUUGGAUGCCUCACAUCGCCCCUUCCACCAGAAUCGCAAUCGACCUCUUUCCCCGGCCUCUCACCGCAAUCCUUCCCUUGGGACCAACCCGUGGCGCAGUCGCUGCCAACGACGCCGGCGUACGGCCUCACCCUCUCUCACUCAAUGCCCUUGCUCUCGCCUGACGCAUUUGCGCUACCUACGGAUACGCAAGCAUUUCCUUGGAAUUGGCAGGGAGACGGGCAAGCGCGUUCUCAGGCUCGGGCUCAACUGGCAGAAUUGAUCGCAACGACCUCCUCUAUGCCUGCCACAAGCGUAGCUGCACCUGCGCCCGCGCCAGCGCCCACGGCGGCGCCAGUCAUGGUCGACCACUCGCAGCCCUCCUCCCUGUUGCUUCCAGCAUGGUCGCAAAUGAGCGCCGCACCCGGCCCGUCGUCUGCGCCGCUCAAUGCCAACGCCGGCACCAUGACAAGCGAACCGCACAUCGCCCCACAAAGUGGCUUCUUCGCUUCCUACGACCCGAUGCCCCCUACGCCCUCCACCUCGGGCGCCUCUCGUGCUCCGGCGAGCAAGGCGAUCCGCUCCCCGCCCAAAGUCAUCGCAUACCAAGGCAGAGUUCGCGAGCAACGCAUCGCAGUCUCAUCCGUCGUGGAAGCCCUCCGCACCGCCUUUCACGAGACGCGCCACCCUCACGCGCUGGGGAGGCGUGUUCGCGGGAUCCUGGCUGGCGAGAAUGACCUGAGGGGCAACAACGGGAGCGUCGAUGAGUCUAGCAGUGGAGAGAGCCCCGGUGACGGCUCAGGCUCGGCCUCCAGUCCAAGCCAUGCUGGCUCCCCUCCCUUCCCACGCACUCCGCAGUCCCAAUCCUCCUCUUCAGCCCACACCUCCCCGAGUCUAAGGGCAAAGGGUCACAUGAGGCAACACUCUGCCCCCUCACACUCACAGCCCAACGCUCUCGCCCCUCCGCAGCAACAGCAACAGCGACACCAACCCUUCCAGCUCCAGCUCGGCGCUGACCUUGGAGAGUAUCGCGCGGCGAUCCGACGCUUGCAGCAGAAUGCACACAAGCACCGCCUCAGGAAUCGAGAUGUGCAGGAAAUGGCCAUUCUGUGCGACGUGGUUGCGCUGGUUAUGCAGCAGUGUCAACGUCAGCCCGAGUUCAACCCCAGUGGCAAUGCUGGCGCGGGCGCGGGCGCGGGUACGAAUGCGUGGCCGGUCGGGGGGAGUGCGGCCAUCCAGAUGUGGGACGCAUUCGCAGAUGUCUUUCUGCGUCAUCGCGAUUUGUGGCCACUUCUUGUGGCGGCGGAGAGGAGGUUGGCGCAGGCGGUUAAGCUGGAGAGGCAGAAGGUUACCGUCGGAUGGAAGAGGCGGAGGGCGAUCACGAGCGACGAUUUGAGGGAGGCCUGGCAGACUGUCGAGGGCGGUGGAGUGGGAAUGGGAGCAGGGAUUAAUGGCGGCGGCGCCGUAGAGUACGGACGUGUGCUGGCGACCGCCGUGGCCAUCUUCAAUGGGGUGCGACAUUGA